AAAAUACCUCAUCAGAUUCCAAGACCACACGCAAGUAGUAAAAAAUGAUGGGCGUGUUGUUCAGCGUGACAAAAAUGACGCAAUAUUGAUUUGCGCAUGCGCAGUAAGCACUGGUCGGACAAUCUGACGGCUAGGAUGAAAUGUCAGGACACCUGCAGAAAUGAAUGAGGAGCGAAUAUAUCUCACUGUAUUUCGACUUCACGCUACCGGGAGGAUUAUCACACGGCGUCAUUGAUUAGGAUGGUAAACAAUAAAAAUGAUUGUAUGUUCUAGUUGAUUUGAAACCAUAUGAGAGAUUUCGAGUAGAUGGAUAUGACGGGGAUGCAGAGGACGUUUGGCCUGAACAUCGGUGUUGUUCUCACAAAAUAUGCGAGCUAAAUCUUGGCUGAAACACACGUCGCUAAGGAUUUGACAGGCGCACGAAAACUGGAGAAACUUGAAUUCCCAGCUGUGUUUUAAUAUAAUUUUAGGCUAGGUUUAGGGCUGUUUUAGGAUUGGCCCAUCAUUUUGAUGGUUUCUCUACGCUUGGUAUUCGUUGUUAAUCGCCCUUCUGUGUGAGCGCAUGCGCAAUGGCAGGCCGCGAGCAGCAUCAGCAUCAACAUCCGCAGGUGGAGAUGAAGGCAGAGCUGGAUGAUGCGGAGCUAGCACUGCAGGGCAUAAGUAUGCUCCUCAACAAUGGGUUCAAGGAAAGCGAUGAGCUCUUCAGGAGAUACAGGACCCAAAGUCCAUUGAUGAGCUUCGGAGCCAGUUUUGUGUCUUUCCUGAAUGCCAUGAUGACGUUUGAGGAGGAGAAGAUGCAGAUGGCCUGUGAUGACUUGCGUACCACAGAGAAGCUGUGUGAAAGUGACAGUGCUGGUGUCAUCGAGACCAUCCGCAAUAAAAUCAAGAAGAGUAUGGACUCUCAGACGUCAGGGUUGGCAAUAGUGGAUCGGCUGCAAAGGCAGAUCAUAGUGGCUGACUGUCAGGUCUACCUCGCUGUGCUCUCGUUCAUCAAACAGGAACUGUCAGCAUACAUUAAAGGAGGCUGGAUCCUCCGCAAGGCUUGGAAGAUGUAUAAUAAAUGCUACAGUGAUAUUAGCCAGCUUCAGGAGGCGUGUCGCAGGCGUUCCUCUGAUCAGGCGAAUCACAAUACGCCUGCUGCUGAGAGUAAUGGCGGGCUGACGGAGGAGGCACUGGGGCGUCUGAAGGGCUCAGUCAGUUUUGGCUAUGGCCUUUUCCAUCUCUGCAUCUCUAUGGUUCCUCCCCACCUACUGAAGAUUGUCAACCUGCUGGGAUUCCCAGGAGAUCGACACCAGGGCCUGGCAUCACUCAUCUACGCCAGUGAGAGCAGAGACAUGAAGGCACCACUGGCCACGCUGGCUCUCUUAUGGUACCACACAGUGGUGCAGCCCUUCUUUGCUCUGGAUGGCUCUGAUUCCCGGGCAGGGCUGCUUGAAGCCAAAACCAUUCUGCAAAAGAAAUCAGUAACUUACCCCAACUCCUCUCUCUUCAUUUUCUUCAGAGGACGAGUGCAGAGAUUAGAGUGCCAAAUAAACAGUGCACUGGCAUCUUUCCAUGAUGCCCUGGAGUUUGCUUCAGACCAAAGAGAGAUCCAACAUGUGUGUCUCUAUGAGAUCGGGUGGUGCAGUAUGAUUGAGAUGAACUUUGAAGAUGCUUAUAAGGCUUUUGAAAGACUGAAAAAUGAGUCAAGGUGGUCACAAUGCUACUACGCUUAUCUAACUGGAGUAUGCCAGGGAGCGUCGGGUGAUUUGGACGGUGCAAACACUGUUUUCCGAGACGUACCCAAGCUCUUCAAACGCAAGAACAAUCAGAUCGAGCAGUUUGCAUUCAGGAGGGCAGAGCGAUUGAGGAAGCUGGGGGCCACGCAGGAGCUGUGCAUUCUGGGAGUUGUAGAAGUUCUCUACCUGUGGAAGGCUCUUGCAAAUUGCUCAUCCUCCAAACUGCAGCUCAUGAGCCAAGUGCUGCAGGGUCUGGACGACCCAUCUUGCCAGGGUUUAAAACACCUGCUUCUCGGUGCUAUACAGAAAUGUCUUGGAAACAUUAAAGAUGCUGUCCAGUCGUACCAGAUGGCAGUCAGGGAUGAGCUGGGCCGACUGAACAACUCUUAUGUGCAGCCGUACGCCUACUACGAGCUAGGAUGUGUGUUAUUAGCUAAACCUGAGACUUUGAGUAAAGGAAGGUCAUUGUUGCUUCAGGCAAAGGAGAACUGUACAGGAUAUGACUUUGAGAACAGACUGCACGUGCGAAUCCACACGGCCCUUGCGUCUGUGAAGGAAGUGGUCCCUCUGUGACCCCAACCGAUCCAGGAAGUGCAUUUUACAGGGACCAGUCCUGUUUGGCACCUUUUAAAAUGCGAGCCAUAAAAGAAAAUUCUCUUUCUUUUUUUGUGAAAACCAAAAUGAUGACAAAUUAUUUUCUAGUUGGAUAGGUUGAUCACAGUAAUGUUUCUUUCCUCAUUUCUUAUGUUCAAGGUGGAUUUCUUGUUUUUAAGUAGCAGAUUAUGCUUAAAGCUGAGUGUAUUGCCACAUUUUUGUUCAUUUAAAGGUAGCUGAUCCAUUAUACUAAUGAAUGUUUCUGUUUCUGAAUGUUUUGUCUUUUCUGCUUUUCAAUAUGUCUUGAGUUUUAGACAGAACAUCUGGAAAGGGUCAGAAAAUGUUCUGAAUUUGGGUGGCUUUGUUUUUUUAUAAUUUAUGUUAAUUUAAGAACGAGUGUCAUGAGAAUAAUACUAGAUUAACACUACCUACCUAACACUACCUAACACUAUUACUAUAUUUACACACACACAUUAAUGUCAGAGGAUGGCAUUAUUCCGACUAAGGUCUCUAUCACAUUUCAACGUUUUCUCUAAUAAGAAUAUUCCCACAUAUUCCCACUGAAAGAAAUAGAAUUUAACCCUAAUUUUUCAGUUUACAAAACAUAUGUACAUAUCUACAUAUGAUCUCUAGUAGCCCUGAAAAUAAUUGAAAUAAUCACUGUGGAAUAAUAAAUUGUUUAAUAUGUUUUAAUGCCCAGAUAACUACUAUAAUGGCUCAAGAGCAUCACUUAAUCUUACACAUAAAGUGAAGAAUAAACCCAUAUUUCUCUCUCCAGUCAUCUUUAAACAUUCUGUUUUCCUCAUCAAGUCAUGUAGUCAUGUCACUAAUCAGAGCAGAGUGGGUAGGCUAAAUGAAACUGGAGUCAUCAAACUAUGGCCAGUUUUUUUCUUUUUCGAUUCAGUCUGCUGAAAUACUAUGCUGGGACUAGCAUUUCGAUGAUUCCUGCUUUAGAGCAUUACUGAUUAGUUUGCAGACAAAAACACAUUAGACAUUGCUAUCUCGGCUACACUUCACUAAUCAGUGUUUUUUUCAGUGAUCAAAUGUGCUGAAUGAUACUCACUGCAUGUGUUGUCUGCAUUGCAGCGACUUGUGUAUGCAGUUUAAUAGUCUAAAAUCUGUAAUUAUACUAAUGUCCCAUCAUUAAGACAAGAAUGAGGUGUGAAAAAAUCAGAAUUUCUAUCCAGUCAAUCAAUCAGUUGUCUUCAUUAUCAUGCUGGGAAUAUGUUUGCCACUGCCAGUUUAGGGGGAGAGAGAGAGAGACCAUGUUCCCAAAACUGUGAGAAAAAAGUGAUUAUUCAGGGAACUGAUCACACAUGGAUAGUGUCUUGGGUUUGAUUAUGAGACAUACAGUAAGAUACAUAAUAAAAAUAUAACCAUCUUACCAGAAUAUUGACCAUAUUUAAAUAUUCCUUCUCUGCAGGAAAAACAAGAUCACUAAAUCAGAUUGCUACUGUAUCUAACCCUUUACAAUUGUCCUCAAUAUUUUGAUAAGUACAAACUAUCAGAUAUGUUAUUCAGUUAUGAGCCCAAUUGACUGGUCUUUUUUUUAACUAUACACUUAAAGUGCAUA